AGAGAGUGAGAGAGGCGGGCACAGGCAGCGGUAGCACUUGGUUUUGUUGUUAUCAUCUUUCAUUUCUUAGGGUUCACAUUUUCCCUCCUUUCUCUCUCUUUCUCACACUCUUUCCCUUUCAAUUUCAUUUUGCUUUAACCUAACCGCGUUUUUUCCUCCUCUUUUUCUCAGAACUCAAACCUUAAUUCCCAAAGCGACCAAAAGGAUUUGGUUUUAAGUGGGUGCAAGGGGAGUAGACAAGCAGGGGAACCAACCCAAGCCCACUAGUGGAACGGAUUAUAAGUUGCAAUUGCAAACAAUUGCGAGUGUUUGCAUUGUAGAGAGCAGGGUGGUUAGGGUUAGAAUAAAUUGAGUGUGGAUGGGGAAAGAGGAGGAAGAGAUGCGGGGUGAGAUAGAGGAACGACUGAUAAAUGAAGAGUACAAGAUAUGGAAGAAGAACAGUCCUUUCCUGUAUGAUCUGGUCAUUACGCAUGCCCUCGAAUGGCCUUCUCUCACUGUGGAGUGGCUUCCUGACCGCCAUGAACCCCCUGGCAAAGAUUACUCUCUCCAGAAGGUCAUCUUGGGCACCCACACUUCUGAGAAUGAGCCCAAUUACCUCAUGCUGGCCCAGGUCCAACUCCCCCUUGAUGAUGCUGAGAACGAUGCUCGCCACUAUGAUGAUGACCGCCCUGACAUUGGUGGCUUUGGCUGUGCCAAUGGAAAGGUUCAGAUCAUCCAGCAGAUCAACCACGAGGGUGAGGUUAACAGGGCUCGCUAUAUGCCCCAGAACCCCUUCAUCAUUGCGACAAAGACUGUUAGUGCUGAGGUUUAUGUCUUUGAUUAUAGCAAGCAUCCCUCUAAGCCCCCUCUUGAUGGGGCCUGUAACCCUGAUUUGAGGCUUAGGGGUCAUAAUACUGAAGGUUAUGGCUUGUCCUGGAGUAAGUUCAAGCAGGGCCACUUGCUUAGCGGUUCUGAUGAUGCUCAGAUUUGCUUGUGGGACAUUAAUGGCACUCCCAAGAAUAAGUCCCUCGAUGCAAUGCAAAUUUUUAAGGUACACGAAGGUGUUGUGGAAGACGUGGCUUGGCAUUUGAGGCACGAGUACUUAUUUGGUUCUGUUGGUGAUGAUCAAUACUUGCUGAUAUGGGACCUUCGAACGCCAGCUGCCAGCAAGCCUGUCCAAUCUGUUGUUGCUCAUCAAAGUGAGGUUAACUGUUUGGCUUUCAAUCCCUUUAACGAAUGGGUUGUUGCUACUGGAUCUACGGAUAAAACUGUGAAGUUGUUUGAUCUGCGGAAGAUCAGUAGUCCACUGCACAUCUUUGAUUCUCACAAGGAAGAGGUUUUCCAGGUUGGCUGGAAUCCAAAGAAUGAGACUAUCUUGGCUUCUUGUUGUCUGGGUAGGAGACUCAUGGUGUGGGAUCUUAGCAGGAUUGAUGAAGAGCAGUCACCAGAAGAUGCCGAAGAUGGUCCACCAGAAUUGCUGUUCAUUCAUGGUGGUCAUACAAGCAAAAUAUCUGACUUUUCCUGGAAUCCAUGUGAAGAUUGGGUUGUUGCUAGUGUCGCUGAAGACAACAUUCUUCAAAUAUGGCAGAUGGCAGAGAACAUAUACCAUGACGAAGAUGAUCUGCCAGAAGAGUCGACGAAGCCAUCCUAAUGUAAUUGUUCUCAUGAUAUUAGCCUUAGUCUAGUGUGGAAUAUAGGUUCAUUGUCGUGGACUAUGGGAGCUUUUCCAUGUUCUACUCGUGCUGUUACUUCGUUUUUCAC